AACGGGGGCAUAACAGAAAGCGUUCGUUGUUUCCUGUGUGUUUACGCGUCCGAGCUGCCUGAAGAGGGUGGAAGAGGGAAGGUGCUGCCGGAACCAUCUAGCUUAUCUCAAUCUCCGGCGAUCUCGUUGUUCCAGCCUUUUCCGGUCUCCGAUCUACCGCCACCAUGACGACAUCAAGGCGCCUUGCAGAUAGGAAGGUGGUGAAGUUUGAGAAAAAUAUCACAAAAAGAGGGGCUGUGCCGGAAACAACUACCAAGAAGGGGAAAGACUAUCCUGUUGGGCCAAUGCUUCUUGGAUUCUUCGUAUUUGUGGUCAUUGGAUCUUCUCUCUUUCAGAUAAUCAGGACAGCAACGAGUGGAGGCAUGGCAUAAAUGGAGCUUCUCUUUAGAUUGUGUCAUCUUCUCUUUACUAGCAUGUAGAAAGUGGCAAUACUUUUACAGUUUCCUUCUUGUUCUGUAUUACUAAAUGAGUGGUUGACUGAUGGUUUAACUUUUGAGGAA